AUGUUGAAUCGCAGAUAUGCAGGAGUGGUUUUUGCGAUAAGUGCUCAGCGCCAGCUAUCCGAGGUCGCUCAACUGGCGACCAGCCGUUUAUCAACAGUUUCGUUCGCAUACAACAACACAAUCUUCUAUAUACAAAGUCGAUCUGGUGGCUCCACUUAUCCCGCUAUUGGCCAGCCUUCCUCUGCCGUUCACAGCCUUCGCCAACCCCCAGAGAACGGGGGAAACUGCACAGAAGAAAUUAAAGAUGGCCUCAAGACUGCACAAGCCCGAGUGGGAAUUGCCAUCUCUAAGAGAAGUCCAUCAGUUACCCACUUCUACUGUGUUAAAUUCUACCCCUACACCAAGCCAGGAGUGGACGACGUCUUUGCAGUUGUGGGCGGGGAUCAUAUAUUAAUCUGCCGACCUCCGCCGCCUGGAGGAAAUGAUAAUCCGAAAGCUGAGGUCAUACAAUUUGUAGUCGAGAAGGAGCCCGGAGAAGACUUUUUCACUUGCGCAUGGACGAAGGACUUGAAGAGCGGCGAGCCAUUGCUUUGUGUGGCCGGGCAUAACGCAAAUAUUAAAAUCAUCAAUGCAUUAACGGGAAAGCUAUUGAGAACAUUAACUGGCCAUGGAGGGGAAAUUUAUGACCUGGCUAUUUCACCUUUGAACCCUACCAUUCUAGCAUCAGCAUCACUCGAUUAUACCGUGAGAAUAUGGAGCCUGGAUCCCGCUCAUGAAAACCAGCCUUGUGCUGCGAUUCUAGAAGGAGUCGGCCAUCGCGAAGCGGUUUUGUCUAUAGCAUUUCACUCAACUGGCCGAUACCUGCUGUCAGGUGGUGCUGAUCACAUCAUUAACCUAUGGACGUUGCCCGAGUUUCCAGAUAAAAAUACCGGCACCAGCAAACCUACCCGCAUUCACUAUCCUCAUUUCUCUACUUCGGAAAUUCAUCAUAAUAUAGUAGACUGUGUUGCAUUCCACGGAGAUUUGAUCUUCUCUAAAGUCGCCGUGGAAGAAUGCAUAGUCCUCUGGUCCAUCACCAACUUCAACUCCAAAAAUACCCCACCAUCACCUGAUUCUGCUCCCACGCCGCAUGAUACACAGCGGGAAACACGAUCAGCCUUCUCGUCAUCAACCCUCUCCACCAGCGGAUCCUCCAACCAAUACACCCGCCUUCUUCAAUUCGACACCCCAAAAACUACAGAGAGCGCUAUCACAUUCACCCGCUUCUCCCUUUAUCCCGGCGAUAGCACCCACAACCCCGUUCUCUCCUUCUGUAAUGCGACCUCCAAAGCCCUGUUCUGGGACCUGGGUCGUCUUGAGGCAUAUCACGAUCUGCUAAGCUCAGGAGCAGAUCUCACACAAACUGCCACCCGGCCACCAUUCCUGAACCCAUUUCAGCACCGGAAUCAGUCUUCGAUGCAUGGCACUCCCGCUCAGAUAUCAAAACAGAGGGCAAAUAGUCCCACAGAGUCAUGCAGCAGUCGCCAGACUGGUAGCGAUGUUCUGACGGGGGAUAAGGAGAAAGGAAAAGUUGAUUGGGAUAAGAGUCUCAAGAACUGGGCGGGGAAGUACGAGAUGGGGGAUGUUCUUGAAGCGCUUAUUGCUCAUAAAGAAGAGAUCGUUAGGGGGGUGAGCUUCACAGGACGAAGUUUGGCAUGGAGUAAUACCGGGAACUGGUGUGUUGUAGCAGGAAGCGGUGGGGUCUUUACGUUGUUGCAUCGCUGGGGGCGAUGA